AUGAAGAUGGACGAGGAAGUUGUGUGCUCUCCGCCUCCUGUACAGCCGACUUCAUCACCCCCUGAGGACUCCUUACUCCAAUGUGGCUUUGGUGAUGGUACUAGUAGGGACCUGUGUGGAUUCAGCUCUCAAGUUCGGUCCGGACAACAGGACUGGCUUCAUAGUGAAGAUAUUCCCGACAGACAGAUAAGGGCUGGAGCACAGUUACCAUCUAAUGAAUAUGGAUCCUACAUGGUUUACUACGACGAAUCUGGCAGUGCAACCGAGGGUGAUUCGGCGAUGUUGAUAUCUCCGGCCAUUGUCACCAAUAGUAACAGCCGAUUGGUGUUUUCCGUACACACUGCAGGCAACAGCCUUUUGUCUGUGAGAACCAAUGAAUCACAAACUGAAAACUUUGCUUCGAGUCUGGAAAAUCGAUGGUUGUACAAGUGUAUGGAAUUACCACCUAAUGUUGCAGUUUCGGUGAUCUUCACAGCUUCUCAGGGAGCAGACAAUGAAAGCCACAUUGCAGUCAAGGAUGUUGGAGUAGAGUUAGGAAGUUGUCCAGGUAGCAUACAGGCUAGCUAUACAAAUUUUGAUGCACCCAUCAAAUUUGAUGGGAGUAUUCUGGUACAGCCAUCUAUCCUAUGCCCUGCAAGCUGUACCUUUAACAAGCCGGGAGAUUGUAGUUACAUGUCAGUGUUUGACCCAGAGAUGCCAUCGAUGAAGUGGGAAAAAGUUGACUUAUCCGGGACAACACCAUUCCCUCAGGACCACACUACUAUGUCUGCUAUAGGAGGUGUAUACUUGAGUCAGCAGUAUGGUGAUACUAGCAAAGAGUACGAUGGUUACUCCUCUUGGCUUGUCACACCUCCCAUCAACUCGCAGUCGGUCUCCAGCGUGGAAUUUCAGCUGAUAAAGAAUGGUCACUCUCGUCUAACUGUCGGCUUUAUCCCUGUUGGUGAGCUCGCUGCGAACCAAACUUUACGAGAUGCCCUACAGAAGUAUAAUAUGGACCGCAGUAACUCCACAGUAACUCCACUCUUAGUCAUAGAAGCUUCUAACGAUGCUGACAUGUGGCAGAGCUAUUGUGUUGACCUCAGUGACCUUCAGAAACAAAACGGCAGUAUUGUAUUUAUCCAUCAAGGUGUUGAUCCGAUGUCUAAUGCCUAUUCCGAUGCCUAUGUGUAUAUAGACGACAUCUUUAUGGAAAGUGAAAGUUGUCAGAAGAGUCUGGACACUUGUGACUGGGAGAACCCUCACAGUUGUGGUAUCAGAUACGGGGAUGAUGACGUCUGUCCACUGAACACAGAUUUCCGCUGGCAGCUUGUAUAUCUAUCUAAUGAACACAUGCUGAUUGCGGAUUCCUCCUACGGCUGGCUAAAUGACAAUGCCACUGUCUACUUGCCGUCAAACAGUUCUGGUCAGUCUUUACAGUUCAAGUAUAGGUUCCGUAGCAAGGAGAACACAUGGAUAGGUGUCAAAUUAGGUUCAUAUAAUUAUGGAAUAACAAAUUUGUUCCCUGUUGAUAACUGGCAGCAUUACUGCGUCCAUACUCCAAGUGAGAAGACAGAAUGGAGGCUUGAGCUACAAACACAGAGAGGACGAAGUCCGUCAUCAGAUGUUGCCAUUGUAGAUAUUGGUUUAUCCGAUUCUCCAUGUCCAGAGGUGUCAGCAAACUGUACCUUUGAAAGUAGCAGCACAUGCGGCUUUGCUAUGGACAAAGGAUGGUUUCUAAAAAAACACCAAGGACAACCAGGCCAUUACCUGUCAAUCCACACUCAGUACAGUGAAUACCAGUACCGUAAUCUGCUGUCCCCUCCUGUCACCAGUGAUUCCGGGGCAAGUCUCUGUGUAGAGUUUCUGUACCUUAUGAAAAUAUCCAUCAUUGAUGACAUCAGCUACAUCAUGGUGAACCUGUUUGAUCUUGCGUACUCCCAAUCCGAUGCCCAUGGAAGCUAAGAAGAUUACAUAUCAUUCCAAUUACUGGUUAAUGGAGCGAGUCACUGUCAAUUUAUCACGCUUCCGAUUCCAGAUUCAGGUUGUUUCCGAUACCAUCACAGAGUAUGGAAUUGAUAACAUUAAGGUCACCGA